GUCGGGGGCGGGCCCCGGAAAGUGCCCCUGAGCGCGGAGGCGCUGAGAGCGGGAGCGGGCGCUGCUGGUUGUGGGCGCCCCCUCAUCCCUGGGCAUGAGCCUCCGGGCCUACGGUCAGCGAGUGUCUGGGACUGGGAGGACUGCAGGACGGGUAUCCAGCACGUGCAGGAGGCCCAUAAGCUGUACAAGCAGAAGCUGGAAGAACUAACCAAGCUGCAGGAUGGGAUCUCCAGUUCCAUUGCACGGCAGAAGAAGCAGCUGAAGGAGCUGUCUCUCGCCUUCAAAAACUGCAAGUCCUCCAUAACUGCCGAACACGAAGAGUCCAUCCGGGAGAUCCAGAGCCUCAUCAAAGAGAGGCAGAGCAUCUUCUUUGAAAUGGAGGCGUAUUUGCCAAAGAAGAAUGGGUUGUACCUGAGUCUGGUGCUUGGGAACGUGAAUGUGACUCUACUCAGCAAGCAGGCUAAGUUUGCUUACAAAGAUGAGUACGAGAAGUUCAAGCUCUACCUCACCAUCAUCCUGCUCAUCAUCUCCUUCUCCUGCAGGUUCCUUCUCAACUCCAGGGUGACAGACGCUGUCUUUAACUUCCUGCUCGUCUGGUACUACUGCACCCUCACCAUCCGCGAGUGCAUCCUAAUCACCAACGGGUCCAGAAUCAAAGGCUGGUGGGUUUUCCAUCACUACGUCUCUACCUUCCUCUCAGGCGUCAUGCUGACAUGGCCGGAUGGGCUCAUGUACCAGAUGUUCCGAAACCAGUUCCUCUCCUUCUCCAUGUAUCAGAGCUUUGUGCAGUUCCUCCAGUAUUACUAUCAGAGCGGGUGCCUGUACCGGCUGAGGGCGCUGGGGGAGAGGCACAACAUGGAUCUCACUGUGGAGGGCUUCCAGUCGUGGAUGUGGAGGGGCCUCACUUUCUUGCUGCCGUUCCUCUUCUUUGGCCAGUUCUGGCAGCUUUACAAUGCGGUCACCCUCUUCCGUCUGGCCAGACAUCCGCAGUGCAAGGAGUGGCAGGUUCUCAUGUGCGCACUCCCCUUCUUCGUGCUCUUCGCGGGGAACUUCACCACCACCCUGCGGGUCGUCCAGCAGAAAUUCCAGAACCGGAACCAAGAUGCUAAGGCCAAGUGAGAAGAGGAGCUGAUGCUGAGACUGAGCGGGAGGAGGGCUCCCCCUCCGGUCUCCUAGCCACACUCCAGACUGUGCUGUCCGACACUUCCCACCCUUUGACGUGUGCCCGUUCCUCAGGGGCAGGCCCACGGCGACCUGACUUGGUGCUGAGCUCUGGGGAAUGUGUGUGAUCCAGUAAACCAAGCUGCUGAAGUCUGAUGCACCUGCCUGGGGCGAGGCUCCCUCCCAAUCCUGGCCCCAGAAAACGCUGC